AUGAAGCCUCCAUUAGUUUCAGAGGGAAAGACAAAUGGAGAAAAUCAAGAAAACAAACACAUUGAAUUUGCGUAUCGUGAAGCCAUAGGAAGCCUUCUUUAUUUGUUAUGUCAAACCAGACCAGAUCUAGGAUUUACAGUCAAUUAUGAGAGCUGCUUCACAGAAAACCCUAAGAAAAGGGAUUACAAAAAUGUAAAAAGAACUCUUAGAUAUCUACAAGGUUCCAAGAAUUAUGCUCUUUUCUAUAAGAAAAAAGAAAGUGAAGAAGAUGACAGUAUUCAUCUAAAGGUUUAUUGUGAUGCUGAUUAUGCACAAGAUUUAAUAGACAGAAAAAGUACAAGUGCAUACAUAGUUCUUUAUAAUGGUGCUCCCAUUAGUUGGUGUUCCAAGAAGCAAAGUGUGAUAGCUACUUCAUCAACUGAAGCAGAAUACAUUUCAGCAGCAGAAUGCACCAAAUAA